AUGACACAGGCCAAGUCGAGCAGACCGCAAGCUCCCAACAGGGGGAGGUCCCAACACAGCUCCCAAACAGGGGGGGCUCCCAACACACUCCCAACACAGGCUCCCAACAGGGCUCCCAACCACAGCUCCCAACAGGGCUCCCAACAGGGGGGGGGGCUCCCAACACAGCUCCCACAGGGGGGGCUCCCAAACACGCUCCCAACACAGCGCCCAACAGGCCUCCCAACAGGGGGGGGCUCCAACACAGCUCCCAACAACAGCUCCCAACAGGGGGGCUCCCAACACAGGCUCCCAACAGGCUCCCAACCAGGGGGGGGCUCCAACACAGCCUCCCAACAGGGCUUCCCCAACACAGCUACCAACACUCACCAACAGGGGGGGGCUCCCAACACAGCUCCCAAACAGGGCUUCCCAACAGGGGGGGCUCCCCAAACACAGCUCCCAACACAGCUCCCAACAGGGCUCCCCAAACAGGGGCUUCCCAACACAGCUCCCAACAGGGGGGGCUCCCAACACAGCUCCCAACAGGGCUCCCAACAGGAGGGCGCUCCAACACAAGCUCCCAACAGGGCUCCCAACAGGGCUUCCCAACCACCGGCUCCCAACAGGGCUCCCAACAGGGCUCCCAACAGGGGGGGCUCCCAACACAGCUCCAACCAGGGGGGGCUCCAAUCAGGCAGGGCUCUCGGUUGA